CGCAGGCGGCGUGGAGGGGGUGGUCGCUGGCCGGGUUGUGUUUUAAGUGUUAGUCAUUUGAUUGAUAUUUUCCCAUAGUUUAUUAGAAGACUGGAAAAAGGGAGAGGAUUGUUUUGGAUUUAGCUUCAAACACUGCGCGAUGCACUUCAUGCUUUUGUUCAGCCGGCAAGGGAAGCUUCGGUUACAAAAAUGGUAUUGCGCCUACCCAGAGAAGCAGAAAAAGAAGACAACUCGUGAGCUUAUAGCCACAGUGCUUUCAAGAAAGGCUAAGAUGUGUAGCUUUCUUGAGUGGAAAGAUUUGAAGAUUGUGUACAAGAGGUAUGCCUCUCUGUACUUCUGCUGUGCCAUCGACAGCGACGACAAUGAGCUGCUCACGCUGGAGAUCAUACACCGCUAUGUGGAGCUGCUCGACAAAUAUUUUGGCUCGGUCUGCGAGCUGGAUAUCAUUUUCAACUUUGAGAAAGCAUUCUUUAUGCUCGAUGAGCUUCUGCUGGGUGGUGAGAUCCAAGAGACGAGCAAGAAAAAUGUCCUGAAGGCGAUCACUGCCCAGGACUUGUUACAGGAGGAUGAGGUCCUUCAGGACGCACUGAAAGCGGUCGGGUUGACCUAGGAGGAGACGCCUCAGGGGUUCUUUGAUGACCACGGCCUUGGCUAGCGGAGCCGUGGGCGAGCGCUCUGAGCGCUCUCCGGGCCGGAGGUGCUCUCACCCGGUGACGCACGCGCAGGGCUGGCCAAUAUGGACCAAUCGCGGCCGGAUCUUUUUUGUUCAUUUUUCUUUGGUGCUUACAUUCCAUGCGAUGGUGUGCUUCGAUGCGCGUUUCUGCGGAUGUGGUAUUGGUGCUGAUGUUUCGGAGGCGGCUGCUGUAGGCGCGUGAAAUUACGUGUCGUGAUAAAUAGUAUUUCAGCAGUCGGUGCGGUGUCUUACUCACUUGCGCUGCAAAUAAGCACGUGUUUCUUGUGGAAGGUGUGAUGGUGUGACAUUGCCUAUUCAAGGAAUUACUAAGACAAAGUGUUCAUGCCAGUCAACCUCUGUGUUUGUCCUCCUUUGACAAAUGUGCUGCAACCCCAGAAACGGGGCGUCUUCGAUGAUAAGUUUCUUGGGCUUAGACGUUAAGUAUCAAAUAAACCAUAUUUAUUGGCGUAUU